CUCCAUGGUACUGAAUCACAGAACACGCCACACAAUAUUAAAACCCAGAACACACACAGCUCUGAUGAACACCACACAACCUGCCAUGAGCCAGCACAAGGUAACAGCCCCCACCAAGGACAGGGCAACCUUUCACAGUCUGUCUAUCAUUUUAAUAGCACCAAUCAAGAUGGUCGAGCUGAUUCAAACUCUUCACCAAUAGGCAACUCCUCCAUGCCAGGUAUUUCCCAGGCAGAAUCAAUCAGUACACAAGGCCAAAGCAGACUUUUUGGGUUUGAUGUAAGAAGCAAUCACCAAGUAGCUAAGACAGCUCACCUUGCUCAAGAGAACUCUUCACAGUUUAAGUACAAAGAUGGCCACCAUGACAAGACACCAGAUAGACACACAGAGCAGUACUCCAACUCUCACAACCAUGGUGCUAUUAACCUGUCUCUAGAAAACUCAGACAAAAACUCCGAAAAGGUUUUACCCUACCCCAGCACUGGCAUGAAUUAUCCAGCCUGGUAUGGGAACCCGAGUGGACCCCAGAACUUCCGUGGUGGCCCUGUAGCUCCAGGUGGUCAGCCACAGCCAUUAACUGACAAAACCAACACACCUGAGCCACAGAAUGAUGCAACACAAUGGAAGCACCUAGUUCCUCCGUAUAUGCUACACCCCAUGUUCAACGGGCGUAACUUUGAUUUUAAUACAAAUUAUAAUCUUAGCGGCAACCAGCUACAAAAUUCAUAUUCACAUUAUUUGGAUUAUUAUUAUAAUAAGGGUAAAUAAUUUGAGCAUAUAAUGCGAAACAUUGAUUUUAAUUACUAAUUCGAUUUGUUU